GUGCGAGAGACUUCACGAUUCGAUUGAUACAUACGUGCUCGACAUUCAACACACCUUUUAGUCGUUCAAUUCUUCACAUAAUACCGUAACCAUGCAUCUUAUGUACACCCUCGACGCCGCCGGCAAGCGCGUCUACACCCUCAAGAAGGUCGUCGGAAGCGAGGUGUCCAAGUCUGCGCACCCGGCGCGAUUCUCGCCUGAUGACCGGUACUCGAGGCACCGCGUCACGAUCAAGAAGCGCUACGGACUUUUGAUCACCCAGCAGAAGGACAAGGUUGCGCUUGGACAGUAAAUCAUGGAUAGCAAUUGAUACGACAUCGAGAUCUCCUACCGGCGACAUUGCGAUAUAUUUACGUGUGCGAUAAGCGACGAGCGACGCCAUGGAAGAUAUGAGGAGGGAGAGAUGAAAUACCCGAGUGCGAGGCGGUCUGAGGGGAACGCGGCAUGGGACGAAUAGUUGCUGGGGGAAAGCACAUUUGCGAACUAAAACUGGCGCAAUGGGACGGCGUUCUUGUUUCGAUCCUUUUCUGGAGAA